ACUUGGACGUCGAUGUCGAGGGUGGGUGCAAGCAUGGGGUGAGAAGUGAGAAGGAAGAUACUGUUGUUUCAUUAGGGUAGAGGAUACACAAUGACGGCCUCUGAUACGACUACCAGCAGCAACAAGAGAUGCCUUGAUGCCUUAACGAUCGAAGAGCUGGAGGAAGAGCUGCGGAAACGAAGGAAGAAGGCAGCUGAAGAAGAAGAAAAAGAGGAGGAGGAACUUGACGAUGACUGUGAGGAUGUUCCCAUCUACCACUGGCCGGAUGCUUCGUCUAUCAAUCUUCACGUCGCACGUGCAAGGCUAUCCGCCAUCUUUCAGGCGAUUGAGGACAACUGCAGCGAUGUUACCGCUGACUAUGACUUCGAUACAAAGUUACACGCACUGUUUCUCUUGCGAAGCCACCAAUCCUUGAUUGCGGAAGCCUACAACAGAAGAACCACUCUGUCUUACUUCCUCCAAGCAGGCACAGACGCCACUACCAUGGAAGAAUUGGCCCUCAUGUACAACGCAUACGUCCCCGAAAAUCCCAAAAUGGAAUUCUGGAUGUAUUCCUUUCCUCAGGAGCCCAACAUAGUGGCUGAUUUGUGCAAAUAUGGAGCCCUGAAAGGAGGAUGCGAGGGAAACUCCAGAGUCAUUAUGAAACAAUUCUCCCAUCAGAUCUUGAAGCCAAUUAUUCCCACAGGUGCCACGUGGUGCCGUAAGACUCUCCCCUUUGAUCUUCUUGUCAAAACAUGCAUUCCAAGAACACGCGGCGAUCGCGAUCACAUCUUCUCGGAGGUUCAAGUGCAAUUGAAAGUUGCCGAGAUUUUGGAGUCCAUGCUAGAGUUCAGCCCAAACAUGUUCAAUGAAAUCCGUAACGAAGACAGUAUUUUUUUCUUCCUAACCGGCAGGCACAUUGGGAACAUUCUGAAGCAGUUUGUAUUUGAGAAGCUCGCCCAACAUUGGAACGUGACUCGGCUGGUGAUUCCAACUUGGAUGCGGUAUUUUGAUGCACAGGAUGCUUACGCCAUUGGUAGAAUGCUGCCAAAACUCAAAACGUUUCGUUACCUUAACGAGAUUGGCACGAAUACAUUCGAGACCCUUCUGAAUGUCUUGUUUUGCCAAAGAGAUACGACAAUGCUGGAAGAUUUGGGUUUGAGUAUUCCUAACUGGGAAAUCAGCGAAUGGCAACCAAUGUUUGGUGCUACUAUCAAGAAAUACACCAAUCUUCGGCGGAUGGCGCUGUGCAUGGCUCGACCGCCACGGGACGAGAACUACGUCUUUGACCUGCACUUUUUUGAGACAGCUCAGCGAAACCACAAGGGCAUUUCAGAGCUCGAGCUUGAAGGUUUCCGGCUUUAUAGCACCGCAAGCUUGAACAAAGUUAUGCACAACAACCUUGAAAGUCUUGUUUUGGAUGAUGUUACUGUCACUCCCGAUCAACCCUGGUCGUCUGAUAGUACGCCCUUUCCUAGCUUGACCGAUGUCCGCCUGGACAACAUUGACGCGUCUCAGUUAUGGGUCCAGGGACUGCUGAUGCAACUUGCCAAGUCACCAGAGUUGACGUCGUUGAAUGUGAACCAUUUUGACGAAGACGGGGACGAAGCUGAUCUGACAAAUGUCUUUAUUGCUUUUCUAAAAGCAAACAGGCUCAGUUGCUUGCAGGGUUCCUGCUUUUCUUUGGAUCUGAAUAAGGCAUCCCAGGCUCUGUCCCAAAACACGUCCCUGAAUUAUUUUGCUCUGCCGUAUUCCACUCCAUCGGAUCAAAUUGGUAAGCUGGGAGAAGCUCUGGAAUCAAACAAGACACUGUCCCAUAUAGACACACGGUUGUGCUUGGUUGAUUCCGACGAAGGCAGCAAGGUUGUCCAUUACAGUAUUCUGAACCUGUUCAAUAGAGAGGCACUGAGCGAUCCAAAGAAAGCCACCAAGGAAGAAGUACUCCGUCAGCUUUCUGACGUUCUCGACUGCCUUGGGCUGGGCGACGAUGAUCGUGGCUUUGGAGAAGAACACAGCGACCUGGUCUUUCAAAGUGCCCGGUUUGCAAUUCUACAAAUGACUUCAUCUGUCUGGGCGAAAUGA